CAUGCCCUCGCUCCAUUUAUGGUCUUCAGUUUUGAAACAGGAGCAACUGUCCCCACCAGUGUUGCCAUCAUCUUUCUGAUGUUCGUAAUACGCUGUAAAAACUUUAAAUAAGCCCACUUUUGUUUUGGUUGACGGAGGACGUCCAGGGUUAAAGAGAUUAAUUCUUGAAGGGGACCUUGAAAUUAGCAUGCAGUUGCCAUGGUGAUCAGAACACGCUAAUCCCAAAGGCUCCGCGGAGUUGACAGACAGCUGGGUUCAGAGAGGGAACUUACAUGCCAAAAAAUGGUCAAAAAUAAAAACAAUCGUCUUAAAUCCACAUGCAAGACAAAAAAGGCUGGUUUCCAGACUACAAGCAGCAAAGACCUGACCCUGCAGGAAGAUCCAGCUGACAAUGACACCCCAGCUUCUCCCUCAGAGCCCAACAUCACCAGCAAACACCAGCUGGGCUUCCCAGACAGAAUCUACUUGUUGGCAUCCGUUAUUUUCCAGAAUAACUACCUGGAAAAGCCUGCUGCACACCGAUUGGUAAAUUAUGGUAAAGACAGAGGGCUGCCAUUACCUGAGCUUAAAGAUAAGGAGAUGCAGCGUUCAGCUUAUGAGCUGGCCUUCAGUGCACUUAAAUAUCAAGAGCUCCUGGAGGACAUCAUGACUGACAGCUGCUUUUAUCCCACCCAACCAACACGAGAUGAUCAGAUGAGGCUCGUUGCUGUCAUGCUCUAUGACUUCCAGGACAGAAAGUUUCUUCCAAGGCACUGCCACAGGGAUGAGGAAAUCAUUCAGGAAGUUCGAGAUGUGGAGAGUAAGCUCCUCAGGUUCAAAAUCAAGCUUGCAGCCUCUUUGGCCCGCUACAGGAUCAAACAUGAUCUCUCAUCUAUUGAGUGUUUCUUGCCAGAGAGUGUGAAGAAGAAGCAAGAGAGGUCAAUCAGCCUUCCUCUUUAUGCAUGGGUCAACACACUGAAGAGCAGUCUUGACAAGGUCCAAAGUAUGCUGAGGAAUGCGGGGUUUUCGCAGGUGGAAUCGAUUGGACAGUUGGAGGGUCAGUCUUUCUGCCAGGAUUCCCACUGUGGAGAUAUGCUGGUGUUCCCAGCUCAGAUGAAAGCUCAGCUGUCCUCCACUGAGCUGCUUAGUGACCACAAACUCAUCAUCCAGGAUAAAUCAUACAGCUUGGGCCCGAAUGCAGCGUGCUCCCUGUUACCAGAGGAAGGAGAUGUGCUCAUGGUGGGCUGUUUCUCUGGCCUCACUAUCUCCCACAUGGCCUCCCUUAUUACGAGGACAAAUAAGGCCAACAACAACAGCGUGUCAAGGGUCUACGUUUGUGUCAGUGACUGCACAGAUGUUCAGAAGGAGGAGCUACAGCUCACAGUCUCCACCAUGGGCUGCAAGAAUGUGCAGCUGAUACAGGAGGUCUUCCAGUCUUUGGAGAGUGGUGAUAAGCGGCUUCAAAAGGUGCGAGUUAUCCUGCUGAUCCCCAGGUGUUCGAUGUCUGCAGUCAACAACCCCGUAGAGUUCAUGCUGCAAGAAAAUGGAGACACAUGCUUGCUGCAGGACCUAUCCCAUGGUUCCAUAGCCCAGAGCAAACUGGAGUCUCUGGUUGCCCAGCAGAGGAAAGAUAUUGAUCAUGCCUUGAAGUUUCCCACAGUUUUGGCAAUAGUAUACUUGACCUGUUCGUCAUACUCAGAGGAGAACGUGGACACAGUGAACAUUGCGCUACAGCAAGUCAAAGCCUGCUCAGACAAGGAGGGAGAACCAAAGCAAGCAAACUUCAGAAAGCUGUCCUGGUGUGCUGGCAAUGCCUCAGGCAGGCUGGGUCCUUCUCCUUUUAUCUCCUAUGACCAUGGAGAGACCAAAGAGGAAGCAGGGCCCUUCUUCGUGUUGGAAGUUUCAGAGCACAGCAAUGGCUGCUUUCUGGCUGUUCUUAACAGAGAGCCGGAGCCAGUGAUCAAAGAGGCACCAGAGGAAGUAAUUGCCAGAGCAAAUGCUAAAGGCAUCCUGGAGAGGAUUGGAUCAAACCACUUGACUAGAAAAGAGCACCAUGGACACACCAGCAAAAUGAAAAAAGCAGCCCAUGUUCGCAGCUCUCAGUCCCAUCUCUCAGCGAGAAUGCAAAGCAAAAACCUGCAAACUAAGGAAAGCAACAGUGUUGUUUCGUGUGAACAUCAUGACUUUAAACAAUCAUCACAAGGGAAACCCAAAGCACUGCGCUUGCAAGCCUUAAAGAGCACUGUGUCCAGCUCCUCCUACUCUAAACAAGAAUCCACCACUUCCUCGUACUCCUCUAAAAUAGGAAACAGCACAUUCACUAAAAGCAUCACCUCUCUAUUCAACACUACAACUUCCACCACCACUGCUCAACGUGCCGCCUGUCCUCCUGCCCCCGUGACUCCAAUUGUUCGUCCACGCAGAGCUCAGCAGAAGGUCCUGAAGCCUGUGUUGCUCGUCCUGCCUCCCGUUGACUUCCCCAACUCCCUCCCAUCCCAGCACAGUCGGACGGGGUUUAGUCCUAGCCUCAGCUACAACAGGUGGAGGACGCCAGCUCAAAUUAUAUCCCGUGGUCUCUCCAAGGAUGCCAUGGACAAAUGCCGUCAUAUGUUUUGACCAAAAAACUGUAUAUUUAAAUAAAGCCAGAUAUAUCUGCAA